UUCAAGCGGGAAGAAGAUCGGCUGCCAAUAAAAAACAAGUAGGGAUUGGAAGAUUAAAUACGGACAUCGAAUUGUGGCGAAAAAAACACACGGUUCGCUGAGCGGUAGGAAAGGAACGUUUCUGAUUAGCCAGAUCUGAGUUUUAGAUAAUCACGAGCGGAGAUUCAUGCGGUAGCGACAGAGUUAUCACCAUUGUUGCGGGUGCCUCGAGGUCGCGGUAGCUUUCGGUAUUGCGGAGUGAAUCGUUUUCCCAAUUUUUUUUGUGAUAUUUUGCGCCAAAUGAGGUUAUGAGCGGUCGGAAGGAACGAAGACGGCAUCGACGACGGAUAUAAUUGCCGCGACAGAAUUGCGAACAAAUUCGCAAGUGAAAACGUGAAGUGCAGGCGAAUGCAAGACUGUUUAUGUGAAAAGUGAGAUUGUUUUGAUUCGAGUGCGCGCCAACCCGGUCGAUUCGUGUGAGUCGCAGUAAAUGUUGAAAAUGCGGUGGAACAGUGCAUUGUUUUUACUGGAUUUUGUAUGAUUUUGAAACGUUUAAUUGCAACGGGAGAUUCUCGAGUCUGAUAAGAUGUCGAACAACAUCCCGAAUCAGCCGGCGGGGGACCAACGUGCGGGAAGGAGUGCUCAGAGCAAGCGGGAACGACGGCGGGGACUGCCGGACUUGGUGGCGCAGUGGUUCUACAAGCACGGCCUGUUCCUCUCCAGCUACCCGACGUGCGCCUCCAGCAUAGCCAUAGUCGUCAUCAUUUUUUCAUGCUAUCCACUACUGAACAUCCCACUUCCUGGCACGAUACCGACCCGUGUUAUUUUGCCAUCGUCCACGGCCGAGAGCAUGGCUUACGGGUCAUUUUCGGGGGAGCAGAACAAGAACUUUUCUCUAGUCAAGAACCUCUUGAGCAUGAACAACUUGACCUUGGAUACCCCAUUCCCGUGGGCUCAGAGCAGUCCGUUCAUAUAUGUUCAGCAAAUCAUCAUGAAAUCGAGCGUGCACCCGUGGAAGGACGAGUUGCGGAUGAUGGAUGCAUUUCGGGGACCAAUUUAUCAAGUCUUCAAGCUGCUGGAAGUUGUGAGGAACCAUGAGGAUCCUAACAGCAAAAUCUCUUUGGACCACAUCUGCUUACACGUGGAGAACGUGAAAAGAUCAAUGAAGGACGAUAUUUUCCCAGAAUACAAUUGUUUAGUCCUUUCGCCGGCCAAUCUGUGGCGACAAAAUGUCCAGAACUUCAGCAAGGAUCCGAACAUUCUCAACACCGUCUAUCAAUAUCACAAUCUGCAAAAGACAAAAGUGUCUGUAGCUGAAAUGUUAUUUGGUCUACCAAUGCAAGAGACAGGAUUCAAGCGAUAUCCUAUAAAGUCACGAUCGCGUGUUAUCCAAUACGCACUCACGUUAAUCUUAGUGAAAAACGAUCAAAAAUAUUUGGAUUCGUUAAGGGAGAAGCUUGCGUCGGAAUUUCCUUUGUAUCAAAAUGAGGAUCCGACUUCGGCAGCCAAUGACAAGAGUAGUAGUAGUGGUAGCAGUAGUAGUAGUAGUAAAUCCGUUAUGUUUAUUUAUUAUCCUGGUGAAUUCAAAUUGAUGGAAUUCGUACCAAUCAUCACAGCAUUUAUAAUUCUCUUUAUUUAUAUUAAUUUUUCAUUACGUAAAAUCGAGAUGGUCAAGUCUCGUAUCAUUCUGGCAUCGUUUGCCGUCAUCACGAUUCUGGGGAGUCUGAUGAUGUCGUUAGGAUUAUGUUUCUUUUUCGGUUUAACCGUUACUCUACAGUCUAAGGGUAUAUUUCCGUAUCUUGUAAUUCUGGUCGGUCUAGAGAAUUGUUUGGUUAUUACGAAAAGUGUAGUGACGACUGAUGAAACGUUUGAUAUAAAAAUUCGUAUGGCUCAGGGCCUGAGUAAGGAAGGCUGGCAUAUAUCGAAAACUCUACUCACUGAGAUUACAAUCCUUACUAUCGGUUUAGCGACCUUUGUGCCGGUUAUACAGGAGUUUUGUAUAUUUGCCAUUGUCGGGCUUAUCUCGGAUUUUUUUCUGCAAAUGCUUUUGUUUUCGACGAUUCUGGCCCUUGAUAUCAAGCGGAUCGAAUACACAGCCGAGGCGAAGUACAUGCCAAAGAUUAUGAGUUUCGCGUUCAAUGAUAUCGCUAAGCGGAAUCAGAGGAAAUACUAUGAUGCGAAACGGACUCACCCGGCAGGUUUUAGUCGAUCCCAGUCACAACCAAAGUUGGGCACUAUCGACUCGAAAUUGAUGCAAAAUGUGGAUGGAAUGAAUCAUCGGGUGGUGCCCAAUAAAAUUCCGAAGCGGUUGAAGGUUGUAAAUUUCUGGGCAAGGACAAGGUUUUUCCAGCGCGCCUUUAUGAUUUGGAUGAGUGUGUGGAUCCUGUCGAUUAUCUACAGUUCGGGUUUCCUGCAGAAUUUACUGCUGGCAACAAACUCAAACGAUUCAGACUCGAAUAUUGGAAUAAAGUCAAUUAAUAAGAAAUCCAGUAAAGAGAAUCUAUACACGUUGAAUAUCCCCAAUACACAAUCAACGGAUCGGCAACCGAUUGAUGAUAAAGUGGCGGAGCAAUUGAAGAAGCUGCAACAUGCGAACUACGAGAUCAAUUACUCUUUAUCGAAUUUUCAUUGGUCGGCGAUACUGAAACAAUACAACAUCUCGUUGAGUGGGAGAUAUGUGAUGAUUUUGCCGUCUAUUAAACUGUCGUACGCAGUAAAGCCUGAAGUUGCUAUUCAUCUACGGCAUCCCAAUGAAAAGGAUCUUCAGAAUUUCCAAUGGAAAGCUCUUGCAGCGGCACUUGAUCCGCUAGACUUCAGUGACGACGAUGAGCGGAAAGAAUCUCAUAUAAUACCGCCCGGAGGCAUUCCGAUGUUCCCAAAGAGCCCCAUGGAAAUAUUCCUAGCAACUCUGCUUUGUGCGAUUAGUGUGUCCGUCCUGACUUACGCAUUGAUUGUUUUUUAUCGAUGCGUUUGUACUCGAAACUAUGCAGAAUGGCGAGCCAGUUGGAAUGAAGCUGACCCCGCGGCCAAGCAGACAGAGAGAAUACUUGAAGGUGUUCCGGUUCAAGUGAAAGGUCAUAGUCAUAAGAUUGAAUGUUUGGUGUCGGAUGGCCUGAUUGUUGUGAGUUCAUGUUUGAAAGGUCAAAUUAAAGUGUGGGAUUCGAAAACAGGAGAGUUGUUGACGGAUAUUGAUCGUUGCCAUAUAAUGAAGGAAAUGGAGAUGAUGCAACAACACGAGAUGAAUCACGUGGACGAGGCUUCAAUGCAACGAAAAAUUGUCCCAUUUAAAAAACGUCACACGUCUUCAUCGCCUGUUUGGUGUUUGGAUUAUUUGGAUAACUUAGUGGCAGUUGGGUGUGCCAAUGGACGCUUAGAAUUCUGGGAGGGUCCUACUGGGUUUUUGAAGUGUACUUAUGAAGGAGAUUAUUCAAGGAUGAAUGGAGUAACACAUAUAAAUUUGAACAGUGAUCGAGUCAUCGCUGCUAGACUUUGUGGUCGUCUAGAUUUUUACAAGUUGGAGACAUAUUACAAAGGGGUCCAAAUUGAUUGGAAUUUUACAUCAGCAUAUCGAAGAACGCAUGUUCGAACAAGCUCGACUGGCAGUUUAGGUAUAAUUCCAAGCCGUAAUCGAUGCAGAACAAAUGCAAAAGAAGAGAUGAAAUGCCUUCUGGAAAACUCUAGAAUGGCACACCAACAGCCGGUGACAUGUAUGGAAGUAGUAAACGGAAUAAUAUUUACUGGCAGCCAAGAUCAUACACUUAAGGUGUAUCGCCUUGAAGACCUUGCAGUGGAGCAUACUUUGCAUGGUCAUUGUGGUCCAAUUACGUGCCUAUUUGUUGAUCAUUGGCAACUCGGAACAGGUGGAUCAGGUUCUCAGGAUGGAUUGUUGUGUAUUUGGGAUCUUUUUACGGGAGCAUGUUUGUAUUCCAUCCAAGCUCAUUACGGGUCUAUUACAUCACUUGCUUGCGCUCCCAGUUAUAUAAUUUCAGCGGCAACUGAUGAGAGAGUUUGCGUUUGGGAACGUUUUCAGGGUAAUCUAUUGUGUACUAUCAAUGUUACAAAUGCAUAUACAAAUCUACUUAUGCUGACGCCGUCGUUAUUAGUAACAAAUAAAAUGGGAUCUCUCAUCGUUUGGGACGUACGCACGGGUGAGCCCACAAAAGAAGUCAAACUCGAUUGUUCGAUCUCACAGCUAUGUCCAAAAUUCAUGAUUUUAGUGAGUAAUUCAGUUAUAUGUGAUUAUGGCAAUGAAUUGAGAAUAGUUAAAUUCCCAAUGGUUGCUGAUAAGUCUAAUUAAGUAUUAUAUGAUAAUCAUAUUCCGUUGUGUUGGUGAAAUUUAAAAAAAAGGAACAAAAAAUCCGCGAAACCUGAACAAGUGAUCAGAACCUCCCUCACUAUCAUGUUUCCAAUUUAUUUCUUAUUAGAGUAAUGGAGAGCAACAAAACCGAAAAUUUGAUUAUAAUCUGAUGAGAGCAACUGUCCUAAAGUUUUUCUAUUUUUUAGAUCUAAAUAUUAAAUUAAAUUUAAUACUAAAGUGUAGAUACUAAGAUUUUUAAUAAUAGAAAAUGUGGAAAAA